UUUUAAUGACUCGCCAUUGGGGACAUGAUGUAAUUAGUUGAACCGCUUGCGGGACACGGCGUACGCUUGCCCUUGCACACAAACAGGAUAAAGAAUAGGUGUACGAGUAGAACGUCGACGUAAUUGUUUAGCUUGUACGGUGGACGGCGCGGGUCGCGAGUCGGAGCCGCCCGGAGGAGCGGUCGGCCAAGUCGUGGCCCUCAGCAUUUCCGUAGUGCGGCGCGCGCGGCGCGCGCGGCGGUGCGCAGUCGCCGCGCGACGCGGUGCUCUGCCAAUCGCCGCCAGUCGCGUCGCUCGUUCCGGUCGCGAAGCGCGCUUUGUGGGCAUGGCACUGGGCCGGGGAGCUGUGGCGAGCGCCGCGUUGCUGGUGGCCGCGGCCGGCUCGCUCCUGCCGCUGGAGAUGGAGCGGCUACGCGCGACAGUCGGCGGCUACGCCGUUAUGAACUGCCAUCUCGACUUCCCGUUCGGCAAUGAGAUACCUUACCAUCUCCAAUGGGAUAAAGACGGCGAGACGAUCCUGUCGUGGCUGAGCGGAGAGGGCACUGCGCGCGUGGCAGACCGCUGGGGCGGGCGAGUCCGGCGCGUGGGCGCGGCCGGCGCGCCCGCUGGGCUCGGCCGCGGCUCCAUCAACGUGAGCGCCGUGCGUGAGACCGACGCCGGCCUGUACCGCUGUCUAGUGCUCUUUCCCAACCGCUCGCCUCCGGCGCGCAACAACGGAACCUUCUACUAUCUCGAGGUGGACGGAGGGAACUUAAUAGUGACUCCACCGAUGAACACGAGUGUGGUGGAGGGCGAGCCCGCCGAGCUGGAGUGCGCGCCCCGGGCUGCGGGCGCAGUUGUGCAGUGGUGGCGUGUGGGCGGCGGCGAUGCGCUCGCGGCCGCGCCCAACGGCAGCCUGAUGCUUGGCCGCGCCGCCGCCGCUGACCUGGGCGAGUACGAGUGCCGCGUGCGCUCGCCCGACGGCCAGCUACAGACCGCCAGCGCAUUCCUCGAUGUGCACUAUAAAGCGAAAGUGGUGUAUUCACCUAAGGAGAGAUAUUUAUCUGCGGGUAAGGCGGCGAGCCUCGAUUGCCACUUCAGCGCCAACCCGCCGCUUACCAACCUGCGCUGGGAGAAGGACGGCUUCCUCUUCGACCCCUACAAUGUGCCGGGCGUUUUCUACAGCAUGAACGGCAGUUUAUUAUUUAAUCGGCCCUACAACCUGACGGCGCUCCCCGCCGCAAGCGCCAUUCACCUCUCCUGGGUGCCCGGCGGUGGCGGCGCGGAUGUGGAGUACACGGUGUGGUAC